UCAAUUGUAACCUGUGUUAUAGUAACGCUCGAGUAAUACUAUUCUGUGAACUGACGUCUGAAAAAAAAAUGCACCUAGGUUGAACAUUCGGAGUAAAACAAUAUUUAUAAAUAUAGUAAGAAACGGGAACUUCGAGUGUCUUCUUUCGUACUAACUAGAAAAAACUAUGUCUAAUUUAAUGCCGGUGGUUACUAUACAAUGGGACUGGCACGAAAUUCUAAGGUUGCCAAAUGAUGAAGUAUGGAUAUCAGCCAAAUAUUUAAACACUAACAGUGUUCAUGACAAAGUAUGGACCACUCUAAACAAAACUGAAAGGAAAAUAAAAAUAAAUCUAUCUGAGGCAUAUCAAUUCAUUUCGCAGUCUAAUCUAUGCUUAGUUUUAAAACAUAUGGAAUCUGGGUUGAAGAUAGCCUUCGUAGCAGCAACUAAGGCGCAUAAUGUACAUAAGAAGGCUGUGUUAUCUGUUGCAUUGGCCGAAAAUGCAUUGGCUGUGUCUUCAUGUGAGGAAGAUAAGCUUUUAGUGUGGGACACAAGAACAAAUGAAGCACUUUUGGAUUUGGAUGGCCAUGGUGGUCCAAUUUACAAGUGCAGGUUUUUCCCCUCUGGUAUUGUCGUGAUUUCCUCUGGGGCAGAUGGUUCUUGCAGGAUCUGGUCUGCUGAGUCUGGAAUAAACCCAGUAACAUUAAAAGGUCACACUAUGUCAGUUCCUGAUGUUUGCAUAGUUGAAAAAGGCAGGAAUGUAAUCUCUGUAAGCAAAGAUGGUUUUGCAAAAUUAUGGGAUAUUGGUGAGUCACAGUGCCUGGAUAAUAUAAUUGAAGGACAUGGACCCAUUAAUUGUUGUGCUAUUGCAGUGACUACUGAUGAAGUGGAAAUUGAGAAUGAAAGGGAGGUAGAAACAGGAAAUAAGGCCCUAGUAGUAGGGUGUGAGAAUGGAUUUAUCAUAUGUUCACAUGUGGGGAAAAGGCAAGACAUAUUUAGGAAAGAAAUGACAUCUGCAUGUAAUGCAUGUACUAUUGUUGAUCAAACCAUUGUCAUGGGGUGCGAAGAUGGAAAGCUUGUACUUCUCAAUCUACAAGAUGGUACAGUAAUAAAAGAAAUACACGAAUCGGCGAGUCCUGUUUUUUGUAUGGCAACGUUGUCGAAUCACUUGUUCGCAAUAGGAAGGCAAGAUGGAAACUGCGUUGUCAUAUCAAUAAAAGACGAAUUUGCUGCCGUGAGGGUUCAGCUGACCGGAUCGGAUUGUGAUGGAAUAAGGGAUAUAGCUUUUAAUGGAAAAUGGAUCUUAGCUGCUUGUCGCGAUUCUUAUAUAAGGAAAUAUGAUUUUAAUCAAAUCAGUGUUCAUUUUAAGUGAUCGAAUUAAAUGAAUUUUUAAGAAAUGUAAUCCAGAUUUAAAUUUU